GGGAUAAAGGGGGUCGCGGCGGCGGGCGCGGCGGUGCGGGGCGCGGGAUGGCGGCGCUGGGGGCGCUGGUGAAGAAGCUGUGGAGCGUCCGGCGGUUCGUGGUGCUGCUGGGCGCGCCGCUGGCGCUGGUGCCGGUGCUGCUCAGCCUGCCCCCCAAGGAAGGAAGAUGUCUCUAUGUUAUCCUGCUGAUGGCCCUGUAUUGGUGCACGGAGGCGCUGCCCUUGGCCGUGACGGCUCUGCUGCCCAUCGUCCUCUUUCCCUUCCUGGGGAUUCUACCAUCUAACAAAGUUUGCUCCCAAUAUUUUUUAGACACCAAUUUCCUCUUCCUCAGUGGUUUAAUCAUGGCCUCAGCCAUUGAGGAGUGGAAUUUACACCGCAGAAUCGCGCUCCGGGUCCUCAUGUUGGUGGGAGUCCAGCCAGCCAGACUAAUUCUAGGGAUGAUGUUGACAACGUCUUUCCUGUCCAUGUGGUUAAGUAAUACUGCCUCCACUGCUAUGAUGCUUCCAAUUGCAAAUGCAAUUUUAAAAAGCCUCUUUGGGGAGAAAGACACAUCUAAGGAUAUGAACAGGGAAAAUGAAGAAAACCAAGCAUCUUUACAGCAGAAUAAACUUUACACUGUACCAACUGAGAUGCAGUUUCUGGCAAGUACUGAGGACAAAGAUCUGACCGAGGAGAAGGAGGUUACCAGUGAUACGCUCUCAGAUUUAAAGAAAGAGGAGGAAUACAAAACAAAUAUAUGGAAAGGUUUCCUCAUCUCAAUCCCGUAUGCAGCCAGCAUCGGAGGUACAGCAACGCUGACGGGAACUGCGCCAAACCUCAUCCUCCUGGGACAGCUGAAGAGUUAUUUUCCAGAAUGUGAUGUAGUGAACUUUGGUUCCUGGUUUAUGUUUGCAUUUCCUUUAAUGCUGAUUUUUCUUCUCCUGGGAUGGCUAUGGAUCUCCGUUCUGUAUGGAGGAAUUAACCUAAGGGGCUGGAGAACAAAAAAGUCCAAUGUAAGAGUGGAUGCAGAAGCCCGAGCCAGAGAAGUGAUAAAGGAGGACUAUCAGAAACUGGGUCCAACAAAGUUUGCAGAACAGGCAAUUUUCUUCUUUUUCUGCAUCUUUGCAAUCAUGCUCUUCUCCAGGGAUCCCAAAUUCAUUCCAGGUUGGGCAAGCUUGUUUGCACCAGGGUUUAUCUCAGAUGCGGUUACUGGAAUCACCAUUGUGAUUAUUUUGUUCUUCUUCCCUUCGCAAAAACCUUCCUUCAGGUGGUGGUUUGACCUGAAAGCACCAAACACGGAGAUGCAGCCCUUGCUGACUUGGAGGAAGGCCCAAGAGACGGUGCCCUGGAACAUCAUCUUGCUGCUCGGAGGAGGCUUUGCCAUGGCCAAGGGCUGUGAGGAGUCUGGUUUGUCUGUCUGGAUAGGAGGCCGCCUGCACCCCUUGGAGGGAGUACCGCCGCCUGUGGCUGUCAUCCUCAUCACAAUUGUCAUCGCCUUGUUCACGGAGUUUGCCAGCAACACGGCCACCAUUAUCAUCUUUCUGCCUGUUUUGGCAGAGCUGGCCAUUCGUCUGAAAGUAAAUCCCCUCUAUUUAAUGAUACCAGGAACUAUAGGAUGCUCCUAUGCAUUCAUGCUGCCAGUCUCAACACCUCCUAACUCAAUUGCGUUUUCUUCUGGACACUUGAUGGUCAAGGAUAUGGCAAGAACUGGGUUGCUCAUGAAUCUUAUGGGAGUUCUGCUGCUUAGCUUGGCUAUGAACACAUGGGCCAAGAGCAUCUUCCAGCUGGGGACCUUCCCUGUAUGGGCCAAUAUCCAUGCACAAAAUGACACCUCACUCUCGACAGCUGUAGAAAAUGUCACUUUAAGUGCGCUAAAUAAAAUAUGAACAAAGCCAUCCCUGGGGAAGGACUCGCUCACUUAGGAUUCGGGCACUGGAAUCACCAGAGUAUGCACAGGAGGAAAGCCAUGUGGCUGCUCACACUGUAUGGGACCCCGGGUUUCAUUUUAUUUUUAGAAAUACUGGUCAGCGUCACGACAUCCGUUUGCUAUUUUCUCUGAAGAUCUUUCUCCACCUUCCACAGGUACCAAUCAGACUCUCCCAGAGUCGAUCUGCCCUGGGUGGUUGUUAACUGGACAGCCCUGUAAGUGUCAGGCACCUUUGGGUAGGUGCCUCUGCCCCAUGAGAGCUAGUGAGCUUUGCUGCUCUAGCUUCUGAUACCCUGCCUCAUUUUGGAGGGGGGAGACAACUGGAUUCGUUAUGUGCAACCCGGUGUGAGUGAGCGUGUCGGAACCCGGCCGGGCAGCGCGGUCGGGUGCUUCUGGCAGGAUGUGGAGAUUGGGGUCUCCUUACCAUCUCAUGAGUAAUUUUCUCAUGAAGGGAUGGUUCAGGAGAUGUGUUGGUAGGACUCAGUGCAUUACUCCAUGCUUGGGAAACAGGAAGGCAACAGUUUGUUUCCAAACUCGUUCCAUGUUUUGAAAACCUGGGACAGUAAUUGCUACCUGGUUCUUUGAGCUGAGUACACAGACGGGUGUUUGAGACCAUAUUGAUUUCUGCUGUAACUUUGGACGUGGCCAGUGUUUCACCGUUGGUGAAUGAGGCCAGUCAGGUUUGUGAGAUUGACUCACUUGUGAGUCACAGGUCAGUGGACAACUUGCCUUGGAAUAUCAUUGACAUUUCCGAAAAACAGGCUUUGAUUCUUAACAUAUUUCAAAAUCACAUUGCUUGGGUACUUUCAAUGAAAGCAUUGCACAUAGACUGCGAUUUUAAUCACCACUUUAUCUGAUUUAUAUUAUUUCCUGUAAGAAUCUAAAAUAUUUAAUUUAAAACAUCAGUCAUUUGAAAUAGAUUGAUUGAAUGAUAAAGGGUCUGAUUCUUGGUUUAGGGAAGGUGUAUGACUGGAUCCCUGUGCUGGGAGAGAUUUCUCUGACAAUGUAAACCGACGGACCUGGCAAGACAGACUGGCCCGGGGCAGGGCCCCCGCACAUCUCCCACGGGCCGGCUGGGAGAGCGGGCGGGGUGGCGCUCACCGGCCGCAGACGCUGCUGCGGGGAUCGCCCUCGGGCUGCGCGGGCGGUGGAGACUCGCGGCGUUUGAACUGAAACCACCAAAACCAAUGGAAUGUGGAACUUCUAUCAGUCAAGUUUAAAAAAUAAAACAAAAUCCUAAUGUUCAACAAAAUCCUCAACGAUUGUGGAAAACAUACAAUAAAGCACAGUUGUUAGCAUGUCACAUCGUCCUGUUUGCGCUGUAGGGUGAGAGGAGAAAAGCAAAGCCCAAGCCUCGCCCGCCCUUAGCUUCACCCCCUGAUGUGGGCAGUGGUUCCCCGGGAGGAGCGGGGCGGCAGCGGGGUCUCCCUCCCCGUCUGAGCCAAAACGGAGCCUUGUUAAGCAGAGGAGUAACAACACUGGAAAGGCUCCCAGCCCAGUGUCUCAGGGCUGCUGUGCUAAAGGUGCGGCCCCGGCAGCUGGCUUUGCUGAGGACGCCCCGUCUCGCUCCGGCCGCACUCGGCUCACCGCCCUGCCUCGUUUUUUUCCGGCCGGGCUCGGUUCUCUCCGGCCGCGCUCGGCUCUCUCCGGCCGGCCUCGUUUUUUUCCGGCCCGGCUCGGUUCUCUUCGGCCGGCCUCGGUUCUCUCCGGCCGCGCUCGGCUCGCUCCGGUCUGCCUCGUUUUUUUCCGUCCAGGCUCGGUUCGCUCCGGACCCGCUCGGCUCACUCCGGCCUACCUCGUUGUUUUCCGGCCGGUCUCGGCUCUCUCCGGCCGGGCUCGGCUCACUCCGGCCUACCUCGUUUUUUUCCGGCCGCGCUCGGUUCUCUCCGUCCGGCCUCGUUUUUUUCCGGCCGCGCUCGGUUCUCUCCGUCCGGCCUCGUUUUUUUCCGACCGGGCUCGGUUCGCUCCGGCCCCGCUCGGUUCUCUCCGGCCGGCCUCGUUUUUUUCCGGCCGCGCUCGGUUCUCUCCGUCCGGCCUCGUUUUUUUCCGACCGGGCUCGGUUCGCUCCGGCCCCGCUCGGCUCACUCCGGCCGGCCUCGUUUUUUUCCGGCCGGGCUCGGCCGAUCGGUUAUUUCCCGUCCUCCCGGGGGAGUAGCCGGGGCCAUUACCCUUUGUUCCUCAUUCUUUGAUUAACAAGUAUUGGCACGUUCUUCAUGAUUUCCAGCUGCCUUACCCUGUCAUAUUGUCUUGUCUUGCCUGAGGAUAAAGUUGUAAGCAAUAGACAGCACGGGGUUGCUGAAUUCUCUCAGGAGGACCUAUGAGUUAUGGCGCAGAUCAUUCCUAGUUGCUCAAGUGCAAACGGCAAUGAGCCUGUCAGAGAGAACCAUGAAAAUUAUCCUCAGCAGUUAACAUGCAUCUCUUAUUGUACGUGACUGCCAGAGACAAGCCAGCAGAACACAGUGACUCUGCUUAUAGAUGAACAGAGCCUCGGUUUUCCACAGCCACGCCUGAUUUUCUGCAUCUGCACUCAGUGCCAGUUGAUACUUGACCGCGUUGCAGCUAUGAAGAAGUGAAAAGAGCAAGAAAACUUGAGGGUCUGUCCAAGGAGGAAGGAUCGCAGGCGCACUCUCAAGAUCUGUGUGUUACUUUCUACAGGAUGGGAAAUAGCCUAUGUGCUCCUUUAUUCUUUCUGAGCGUAGGUCUUCCUUACGUACCCCCAAAGCACCGUGCUGUGACCGUGUGGCCGUGACUCACUGGAGACCACCUCAGUACCCUCAGAAGUUGGGGCCAUUCUGUCUCCCCUCCUGUUCCCUCUCUGGACAGCUGAGCAAGGAAUUCCGUGAGCAAAACCCACUCCUGCUAUUCUCAGUACAGGAAGUCAGGCGGUUUUCUACAGCAAUACUGUAUUUGUGAACCACGUCGGAGAGAGACCUGGGCCCCCGAAGCAGUGGUACAGACUGACUCGCAUCAACACUCCUCAGGACUGGAACUCCCUGAGAUAAACAUCUGCUUAGCUCAUCCCACGAGACUGCAUUUGUUCAUCCUGUGCAAAGGAACAGCGUCAUAAAGAGAUACAAAAUAACAGGACCCUGGAAAACAUCUUUAUCUGUGUAGAUGGAUAAAAACGGGCAUAUUGGAAAUGUUGCAAAGAGAAGCUGCAGAACAAUCUGAUGAGUGGAAUCCGUAAGAAGAAAGAAUAGGACUGGAAUGUAUGAAAUGAACUUGCAAGGGCCUUGUAAACAGCAUGCUCAGUGAGCUGAUAACCACAAGGAAAAUGCUGCAACAGAUGUAAAGGCAAGCAGAAUCAGUAAUUUGAGAUGGAAGAGAAUAUUAUUAUUAGAAAGAAACCAACAAGCGUGGAAGACUAAGAAGCAGAAUUAAGGAGACUGGGUAUUGUGAUGGAGCACAGUGGGAAGUGGAUAGCAAUAUGAAAAAUUAAUUUAUCUGAGACAAAAGAGAAUAGAGGAAUUAAAGAUGGAAAGUUAGGCAGAAGUACAGCUAAGGGGAAGAGGAAAACCACACCUUCUGAUAUUUUUUUCAUGGAAGAAAUAUUCCCCUACAAGAGGAAAAAAAUGUGACAGAAAUGAAGGAAACAAGAGCUGAGCCAAAGAUGGAGAAAACUCAACCGGAAUGAUGGUCAGGUAUUCAUUAAAGUGCAAGAAGAGUAGAACUGAGGAAGGGGGGAGGAUGAAGUUUGAGGAAAAACCAUCAAGUGACAGCAGGAGGAGGUAUUGGGGGCAUCGCUAGCCUGGGGACCAUUGGCAGGGGUAGAGUAAGAGCGAGAGAAAAGAUCUGGGACAAAGGAAAUGGGAGUUUUAAGAGAAUCAAAGACCAAAGACCCUCUUCUCCUGUGCGCUCCCCGCAGCUCUGCCGCGCGUCCCUUUCCUUAGUCUGUUUUCUCAGGGCAGAGGCAGACAGGCGCUUAGAAGGACUGCAGCUAGAUGGGAGUUCACUGUCUAUUCCGUAGUGGAUGACUGUGUCUGACGCUGUCUCUGAAAGAAUUCUUUGGAAUCUGUGAGUGCCAAGGAGCAGGUCCUGCCCACAGUAUAACGUGCUACAAACACUGUAUCAUGGUUUUGAGAAGCUUUUUCUCUCCAGUCACUGGCGUAGCAUUACCCUAAACCAACCAAAUCUGUUCUGCAGAACCUAGCGCUGUACGCAGGUGUAGUUCAUCUUUACUCACAGCCACACAACUUUUCUCGGUUUCAAAUCAGACUGAAGAAAUUUCUGGCCACCAAUAUGGCAUCUUUGCUUUGAGGCCAUCUUGUGCUUCUUUGGAGUUCCUCCAGCAAUAAAGCAUCCAGUCAGUUGGGAAUGUAUGACUAUUAGUAAAACAGAGCAUAUAAUCCAUUCAUUUCCCAAAUGACUUAAUCUAGGAGUCUGACUGGCGUCAAGAGAGCGAACAAGAUUUGGGGAGAGACUGGCGAGCAAGGAACACAACCAUCAAAUCAAGGGGCUUUCUCAGGUUUACUUCCAAGGCACUAGAUCAGCCUGUAUUUGCAUUUUAGAGAGUUAAGCGAGUCUCACUGCAGAUUUAAAGAAGCCUUAAAACAUGAAAGAAGCUGCCUUGUUUGUUUCUUUUUAUAGAUGAGGCAAAUGAAACUUCUCUAGCUGUGUGAGAGGGCAGGUGCUUUCCGCUCUGAGAGGGUGGUAGCUGCUGUCAUUUGUAACCCAAAGUGGUUCAACAGUAUGAACUUACUGUUUUGGACAGGAUUUACUUUCGAAAAUCUGAAGCCACUUUUAACUCUUUCAAGGCGAAGGGACGUAGGUGUAACAUGUUCUUAUUUGCAGACAUUAUGGCUUUGAUACUGUGCAUUUUGUGUCCCUGGAAACAUAAUAAUUUAGUAGCAAGGACGUCCAUAACACCAUCGACUUCCCUUGAACACGUUAAAAAAAAUAUUCUUUUGAAGCAGUAUCAGUAGUGAACAGUGAUACGCCAAGUCUGACCCAGCGCAUACUGUCAGCCCUUUGUCCUAUUUAAUAACGUCUUUUAUGACAGAAAUAUUGGAAUAAUAUUUCCCUUUGGAAAUUGUUUCAAGCAAAUAACCUCCUAAUAAAUUGCUGUGGCAAUUUAUCCUUUGUGUUUAGCAGAAUAACCAUUGGCAUGACUCAGUGGCUACACAGGGAAAGAACGGGUCACUAUUACAAAAUAUCCAACAAUUUUUAAACUACCGCUGUUGGUAUUAACAAUACCAACCCUGAGUAUUGCAAAUGAUUCUGCAAUUGAUUCUGGCUUUUUUCUUCCCAUUCAGUUUAAAAUAUCCAGUAGUAUUCUGAGAAGCCGUGAAAUCCGCAGGUCUUUUUAAACUGCAGUUAAUGUUUCGCAUCUGAAAACUGUUUUCUAAGCCUUGACAUAUCCAGGUAAACAGAAAUGUACAUUUUACUGGCCCUGCCUCUGUUUGGGUUGCUCAUAUUAGCACAGUUGUGCAUGUGUCACUGUACAAAAAUGUUUAGGACAUUUCCUAACUUCUUGUAACAGUUAUUUCUUCUUUCUGAACUGUGAAAUAGGAAGUUAUUGGUGUAAUAGCAGAAACUGGAAGUGUGUCAAGUCUCUUCCUUUGGGCAAAAGGGUGAAAAAAGUGUUGCCUCAAAAAGGCAAGCUAUUUCAAGCUUGCUGUGUCCUCACUUCUCUUAAUAGCUCACUCUCCUUUACAUCCUUCUGUAACCACACUCUAUCAGGUUUUAUUUAAUUUUUUAAAUAAUCAGUUGGGAGCAGCUACUGAUGUAAAAUGAAUACAGCAAAGGUAAAUGUGAGACUGUGUAGAAGGGGAAGGUGAUUUUAUUUUAAACAAAACUGAGUUAAGUUGCUCAUGCUCAUUCUCCUAUAGACCUUUCCUUUCAGAGAAACAAAACAGAAAAAAACCCACCACCACAGUGCGUACAUUUCCCAGCAUCUCGGAUGAAAUGAUGCAAAGUUUAGUUGUUUUAGAGAUGGAGCCAAUGACAUUAAGUGCUAAAAGGUAACAGGCAGAGUAUCUCAAUGGGUUUAGCAGACUGCUGACAUCUUCCUACAGAAGGAAGCAUCCCAGCCUGGUUAACUAAGGUAACUAUUGAUAACAAUUGUUCAUUAUUUCUGGCUCCCACUUGCACCCUGUUGCUAUUGUUAACUGCAUCUUGCUUAGCUUUGCUUCACGUGGUUCUGCUUGUUAUCUUAUGUGAAUAUGUUAAAACAGAUGCCAUGCUAAGUUUUCAGAUUGUCAUGGCUGAAGUUGAAGACACCAGACAAAUAUACACAAACUAAAGUAAUAAAAUCAAACAGAUCCACUUGCAAGCUACCUCCAUCUCCAAAUAAGAGAUUCUAAGUUUCUCCGGGUGAUUAGGAGAAUAGCUUACCAACUUGUACUGCAAAAUCCGUAUAUGUUAACACAAAGUAUGAUACAGACACAUGUAUUUGUGUGUGAUCUUUUGAAAGCUGCAAGGCACCAAGUUUUGUUUUCCUGGGUAGAUGGUUGUCAAGUGACCGAGGCUACGGAAGAGGAAGUGGGAGAACUAUCUAAAUUAUAAAGUUGAGAGAUCAAUUUCAGUAAGGCUCAAUUAGUGCUAACCCAAAAAUUGUAGUUGGGGAAAUGGGAAGACAGAUGGAAGACAGAUUAAAACUUUACGUGUGAUAAAAAUCUUCUCAACUCCAAUUUAAAGCUUUAGGAGAAGUUCAUGUUUUGCAGCAGUGCAAGGUAACUCUGCCGGUAUUAGCAGACCACAGUGAAGACACCUGGAAAGGACGGGAAUGGAGCUGUAACAAGAACCAUGUUGCUGCUUUCGCUGAAUUUAAAUAAGCAGUUGUAAAAAGCUCCCACCUUAAACUUCCCGGGACAAGGACAGCCUUUCACAGCAAGGAUUUUCACAUUCGCUGCUACCAUGAGAGUGGCAACAAAGCUCAGAAACAAACAGAGUCAAAACAUUAGUGGGAAUCUCUAAAUAGUGGCUGUUUAUAAAUGGAGGUACUAAAAAGUUCCCAGGCAGUAGUGAUUCCCAACAGAACAUUACGAGAUUUAGAUGUAAAAUAAAAUUCGAAAACAGUGAGUGAUGACUGUCUAAAUUUAACCACGGCUUUUUUGGGGUUGUGCAAGUGCAUGACCGGUAUUAAUUACCUCUGAGUUAAAAUAAAAAGACAGCAAACUA